UUGGCUGGCUGGGUGUCACCUGUCGCAGGGUGAGGGGCUGCGCACCAGCAGCAAAAGUUUCACCUCGCCCGCGCGCGUGCGCGUGUAUAUAUACCGGCCGUCCUGGCAGUGUCCCGGUUGCAGCUUGCACACGUCCGGCACAAGAGAGCGAAACAGCAGCAGCAGAGACCUAGCCAUCGGCGGCGAGCUAGCUGUUUGAAGCUGCCGGAUUGGUAGCUCGUAGCUGGGAGGUUCCGGGGGUCGAUGGGGAAAGGCCGGGCACCGUGCUGCGCCAAGGUGGGGCUCAACAGGGGCUCCUGGACGCCGGAGGAGGACAUGCGCCUCAUCGCCUACAUUCACAAGUACGGCCACGCCAACUGGCGCGCCCUCCCCAAGCAAGCAGGCUUGCUCCGUUGCGGCAAGAGCUGCCGGCUCCGGUGGAUCAACUACCUCCGCCCGGACCUCAAGCGCGGCAACUUCACCGUCGAGGAGGAGGACACCCUCAUCAAGCUGCACAACAUGCUCGGCAACAAGUGGUCCAAGAUCGCGGCGUGCCUGCCGGGGAGGACGGACAACGAGAUCAAGAACGUCUGGAACACCCACCUCAAGAAGCGGGUGGCGGCCAGCGCCGGGGAGCACAAGAAGCCCGGGCCCAAGACCAAGAAGAAAACCACCUGCGCGGCGCCGUCGCCGUCCCCGUCGCCGUCCUCUUCCACCACAACCGCCACAACCACCACCACCAACUGCUCCAGCGGCGAGUCCGGCGAGCAGAGCAACACCAGCAGCAAGGAGCCGGAACCGGAGCUGGACAAGAUCGAGAUCCCCAUGCUGGACCUCGGCUUCGACAUCGACAUCGACAUGCUCCUUGACGCCGUCCCAGAGACGCACUGCCCGGCCGUCUCCUCGGCGGCGACCUCGUCCUGCACGUCCGCGUCCCCGCCGUGCGUGGCGGACGACGACGACGCGCUGCUCGACCUGCCGGAGAUCGACAUCGUCCCGGAGCUGUGGAGCAUCAUGGACGGCGCGUGCGUGGAAACGGCCCAGGCACCGUGGGGAAAUGCGGCGCCGUGCCAGGGCAACGGAGCAGAGGCGACGGCCGACGAGGACGACGGAAAGGAGUGGUGGUUGGAAGAUUUGGAAAAGGAGCUGGGCCUCUGGGGGCCCAUCGAGGACUACCAGCACCAACAACAACCGGACCCACUAGGUCGCGUGGGCCCGCUCUCCGCCAGCGUGGACGACCCCGUGUCGUGCUACUUCCAAGCUGGCCCCGCCACGUCGGCCGUCCACGUCCAGGCACCCGAGGCCUCUGCGGUUCUCACAGACAUCCCGAUGGACCUAUGAUAUCACUAAGUAUCACCCGUCCGAUCUCUUAGUAUAGAAAACAAGCAACGCGAUCGGACGGCCACGACUGAUGCUAGUACACAAUACACGUGUAUAAACUGUACAACUGUACGCCUGCAAGAGGUGUACGUACGUACGUGCGUGCGUACAGGCCCAGCACGAAGACUAUACAAAAAAGGAGAUAGUAGUUAGGCUAGGACGCACACACAGGAGGAGAUGCCUACAAUAACCUUUGGUGAAGAUGUGUACACACCACACCACGUACUUUGGACAGCAGCAGCAAAGUGUAAGUGGUGCAAUGCAAAUGCAAAUGCAAAUGCAAUGCAAAUUAGCCACACAAAAAGGCCUCCGGGGUGUAGCCUAAACUUCAGCUGCCAAACGCUACACACCAGCGACCAAGUACGGCUCAGCACAGUGCAGAUGCGUGCGUGCGUGCGUGUUUGCAUCGACGGCAUAUAUGCCGUCAGCGUGACGCGGGCGCUUUAUCAUCGGAAUUCCUACUACGGUUUCGGCCCGGCCAAUCGGCUGGCCCUGACUUUUGGACUAUGGCAUGCACUGCAGCAACGCCUUUUGUGCUUUCUUGACGAAUAUUGAUUCUGUGUCUGCCCCGUCACAUCC